AUGUCCUCAAUGCGAGGUAAAUCACGAGUUAGUUUUGGAUAUAAACAAGUCAAUCGUCGAGGAAAUAGUUUAAAAUCAACACCAAAAGAAUUUCUUAAUUAUCCCGAUGAACAGUAUAUUGAUUUUAGUCAACAAAUAAAUAAGAAGCGCUUGCGAGACAGAUCAUAUAGUCCGAAACCAAAUAAACAAAAAAAAUUCAAACAAGAUAAUAACUAUAAUAAUAAUCAUAAUAGUUGUUCGUCUUCAAAUGAUUUUCAAAAGUUAAACAAUGAACUUUUAAAUCAUUAUGCAACAGCAAAACAACUCGAAUCUACAUUUACUAUGAAAUGGAAACUUUGCGAAGAUAUUUUUUCAAUGUUCGUUGGAAUUGUUCCACAUUUGGGAGUUUACUUAGUUGGAUCAAGUGCAAAUGGAUUUGCUACGGAAGAUACCGAUGCCGAUAUAUGUAUUGUGAUUUCUUCGUAUCCUAUUGAUCAAAAACGUGAAGCAGUCAAAUUUCUUGAAAUGGUACGACGAGCUUUACGAAAAAAAAUUUUUGCUGGUGGUUGUGAUUUAAUACGCGCUCGUGUACCUAUUCUUCGAUUUACUGAUUAUGCAACCCGAUUAAAAUGUGAUGUUAACAUUAAUAAUGUCACCGGCAUUCGAAAUACAGAUUUAUUACGGUUUUACUCUGAAACAGAUUCAAGAGUGGCACCACUCGUCUUAACACUCAAAAGUUGGGCAAAAUUCCACAACAUUAAUGAUGCCAGCCAGAAAACAUUAUCAAGUUAUUCGAUUACAUUAAUGUGCCUUUUUUAUUUACAAGCUAUUGCACAACCACCAGUUGUACCAGUUUGGCAAGCACUCUUACCGGAUCGUUUUGAUGUGAAUAUUCCUGUGUCACAAUUGAAACGGAACGAUGAACCAAACUUAAUAUGGAGAUCAGAAAACCAACAAACAGUUGCCGAACUAUUUAUAGGUUUUUUGAGAUACUAUGCGAAAAAUUUCCGAUUUGAAAAACAUGCAAUUAGUAUUCGAACUGGUCGUUUAAUAGAUAAAAAUGACUUCUUAGAUCACGAUGUAACAAAUUAUGGAGAUGCUCUAUUAGCUAUUGAAGAACCAUUUGAUUUAUCUAAUACAGCUCGGUCUGUUUAUGAUGACGAUGAAUUUGAACGUAUAGUUCGUGUAUUUCGUCGAAGCUAUUAUACUAUUGAUAAAACGAAUUCAUUUUCUUCAAUCCUAAUGGAACAAUUUGAAUAA